ACUGGUAUUUGUGAAACUGUCAAACGAACCUCUUUUUUUUUACUCUCCUUUAAAUUUUUUACAUUUUUACCAUCGUUUUUUGUUGCGAAACAUUCCUAUGCGUAACUGAAAAUACGAUAUUCCCAGAGGCAAAGGCCUAAGUGAAUUCGGCGACUUUGUGUAACACAAUGGAAAGACCGAAAAGGUCAAUAGAGUCGUGUGUACUGCGUUUAUCCGAUUAUCCUUAGUCAAAACUCUUAGAAAGAAUUCAGCGCAUGCUCCAGACCAUCUGCACAAUCUUUUAAUACAUACUAGGUCAUUUUGAAACGAAUUGCAAAAAAAAAAGUGAUAUUUCUUGGCUAAACACCGACAAAAAAAGUACUAUGCUUUUAUUUUAAAACUAGGAGAAAAAAACGUUAACAGAACCAAAGGUUGUAUCGUAUUGUCGUUACAGACAAAAAAAAAAGUUGCUUUACUUGAAGUUGUUGCAUCGAAAAACAAUGUGAACGGCAAACUUUAAUAACCUUCUUAUAUUAAAACCAACGUGUAAAGUGACAUUUCGUGUAGUUUUUAUCACGAUGUAAUGUUACUGUUGUUUAUGAAUUUUUAUUCUAAAAUCGUCUACCUGGAAUAAUUAGUGACAUUGAUUGCUUGGUUUUAUGUCAAAAACACAAUUUUUAUCAGUCCACCAACGAUCUUUAGUGUAUUUAAUAAGCUUCAAGAUAUAAUGAACGUUGUGAAUUACAAAAGGCUAUUUGAUUAAAUAUGCCGGAUGCCUAUAUAAAAAAAAGAACAUAGACAGAAGAAACUCUCAUGUCACAGACACACAUUGGCUCCUUGACUAAAGCAUUCUUCUUUUAGCAAAGAAACUUCGUUUGUUACAAUGCCUAGUGGAGGUGAAGAGAUGAAUCAAGAACAUAUUCAACAUAAAAAAGGUGUUAAAGGUGGUAAAGUUAAAAAAUCUUGUUUAAAAGAGAAAAAGGAGCGUCACAAUCCUAAGGCUUUCACUUUUUCAGGAGGUGUGAAAAGUGUUCAACGACGUGCUCAGUAUGCGUUAGAUCAUGAAACAAAACGAGAACAUGCCAAAUUGUUACCUCACAAAGAAACAGAAGAAUUCGCUCCCCCUAUCAUAGUAGCGGUUCAAGGGCCUCCAGGUGUAGGGAAAACAACAUUAAUAAGUUCUCUAGUGAAACAUUAUACACGCUUUAAUGUGACAUCCGUAAAUGGACCUAUUACCUUAGUUGCAGGAAAAAAGCGCCGUAUAACAUUUUUAGAAUGUCAAAAUGACGUUGAAAGUAUGCUCGAUAUUGCUAAAGUUGCCGAUUUAGUGUUAGUUAUGAUUGAUGGAUCUUUUGGAUUUGAAAUGGAAACAUUUGAAUUUCUUAAUAUACUUCAAGUUCAUGGAUUCCCUAAAGUUAUUGGGGUUUUAACCCAUUUAGAUACUAUUCGUGAGAUUUCCGUGUUACGGAAAACCAAAAAAAAAUUAAAAGCACGUUUUUGGGCUGAAAUUUAUAAUGGUGCCAAAUUAUUUUAUUUAUCUGGGUUACAGUUCGGACGUUAUAAUAAAACGGAGAUAUUUAAUUUAUCGCGAUUUUUAGCAGUGCAAAAACCACGCCCUCUUACAUUUCGAUCACAACGCCCUUACCUCGUUGCUUUACGGUAUGAAGAUCAAACAAGCGUUAAAGACAUUCAAAAUGGAUGCGAAACUCGAACACUUCAUUUUUAUGGAUACGUCAAGGGUGCUACGUUGCGGCCUAAUACUCCUAUCCAUAUACCUGGAGCGGGAGAUUUCACAGCCUCAAGUGUUUUAGGUUUUGUUGACCCUUGUGCUCUACCUCUCUCAAAAAAUACGAAUGAGAAAGAAAAGAAAAAAAAAAGAACACUCAAAAUCCAAGAGAGACGCAUUUACGCCCCUGAUUGUGAUAUAGGUCACAUCAAUUUUGAUGCCGAUACAAUGUACAUAAAACUUCCAGAGCACGAAACAUAUUUCACGCGUCAUGAACAUCUUGAGUCACCUGAUGCUUCGGAAGCAGACGGUCAUGUUCCUCAAGACAAAAUUCAUCAAGACACGUAUGUUAUCCUAAAAUCUGUGCAUCUUGUUAGAACUUUACAAAGUGCGGGAGGGGCACUCAACCAACAAAUUGAUCGACUGCAACUACGUUUAAUGAAUGAGUCGACUAGUGAAGUGAAACCUAGAAGCCACGUAAAACGUAUCGCUCCAACAGGAGACCAGGCUCCUGAAUAUGAAGACGCUAAUAUGUUAUCUUCCGAAGCAUCUUACGAACUUCUAGAUGACGAAGAAAAUAUGUCAGAAGCUUUCUCUGAAAAAAAUUAUUCCAACAAAAAAAAUUAUGAUGCUUUGGGUCAUCGAGUUGAUAGAGUACAGAAAACAAACGAACACUACACUCAGACCACAUUGCAAUCGAUGCUGUAUGAACCCAACGUGACUUGGUCCUUACAUUCGGAUCCAUUAGAAGACUCGCAAACAAAGAAUUUGUUUGAUGAUGGCUCUGAAAGUGAUGAUUAUCUCACUUUCUCUACCAUUCAAAAGAAAACUGAUGACAGCAAACAACUAACAACACUUUUAGGGCAAUGUGACCAAGUUUCCUCACAAAAAGAUGAAUGCCAAUUAGUGAACGACUCGUACGUGUGUCAUGUCGUCUUUCCAGAGAUGAAAUUUUCUAGCAAUCCAACCGACUGUUUACUGUAUUGUAUGUCACCGUCUUUGAAAAGUUUAUUUAAAAAACACUACUUUAUUACGGGUGGUUGGGAUGAUCCCAAUUUAAAGCAACAAGUUGAUGCGUCUUUGUUACCUGAAAUUCUUGAACCCUUACAAGAAAUUCAAAAGCAUCGUGAACGAAAUCGUGAAGAAGAACUAAUGGAACGAGAUAAAAUAGAACAAGCUCAUUCAUUUCUACAAAACUCAGAAACGGGUUUAAGUAUCGGUACAUAUUGCAGAAUUGUAGUUCAAGACGUUCCGACGGCGUGGGUGUUACAUUUAAAAAGAAAACCAAGAACCAUACUCUUAGGAGGUCUUUUACCUACCGAAAGCGGUGCUUGUGGCUUUCUUAAAGCUCGCAUUAAAAAACAUAGAUGGGCGCCUAAAAUACUAAAAACUGAGGAUCCAUUAUUAUUUUCGUGUGGGUGGAGACGGUUUCAAUCUAUUCCUAUGUAUUGUAUAGAAGAUCGCAAUGAUGUUCGUAUACGUUAUUUGAAGUAUACUCCAGAGCAUAUGCACUGUUUGACAGUGUUUUAUGGACCAUUUCAACCAACAAACUCAGGUGUUCUAGCAAUACGGAAUUGGUCUGAUAAUGUAAAGGAAUUUCGUAUUUCAGCUACUGGAGUUAUUUUAGAAAUGAAUACAUCCUUUGCUAUUAUGAAAAAAUUGAAAUUAGUGGGAAUUCCUCAAAAAAUUUAUAAAAACACCGCUUUUAUUAAAAAUAUGUUUAAUACAAAUUUGGAAGUGGCAAAGUUUACAGGUAGUAAGAUUCAAACAAUUAGUGGAAUACGAGGACAAAUUAAAAAAGCACAAGGAAACGACGGUGUUUUUCGUGCAAAAUUUGAAGACAAAAUUAUCAUGUCCGAUAUCGUCCUAUGUAAAACAUGGAUUCAAGUGAAGCCAAAAACAUUUUGGAAUCCCGUUUUAGACGUUCCUCAUUGGAGAAGACUGAAAACUAUGGUGGAAAUACGUCACGCUUUAAGCUUGCCUCAACCCGACUCAAAAACGAAUGAGUACGGAGGACGGCCUUAUCGUGAACCUCGUCGUUUUAAUCCCUUACGCGUCCCAGAAGAUAUUCGAAAAAAUUUACCAUUUAAAUCGUUACCCAAAGAUGAGCAUGGGAAAAAACGCAGCACAGGGAUAAUAGAUCAAACCACAACUCCUGGAUCAAAUCUUUAUGAAAAAAAAGUUACAACGUUGCUUCAAAGGCUUCAUUUAAUAACAAAACAACGUGAACAGGAACGAAAACGAGCAGCUUCCAAUCAUAAAAUGAAACAGCAAAAAAUUGCUGAAAAGAAUUUACUUCAAGCUAAAAGAAUUGAAAAAGAUACAAAAAAACGACACUUUGCUUUAAAAACUAUUGGAAAACAGAAAACUCUUAAAAGACUUCGUAUGAAAGAUUAAACAAGCUAAACUGAAUAAAAUAAAAAAUUCAUGGAAAAAUAACAUAAAAUAUUAUCAAUCGUUUUAUCUUUUCAAACAAUUUUCAAAAGAUAGUUUGUUCAUUUUCUUUUUUUUUGUAAUUAAGUGGAUGUUCCACAAAAUAUCGAAAUGAAAAAAUUUUUCUGGUUGUU